AUGUCCUCCUUUAAAUUCGUGUAUGAAGAUGGUCAAGGAAAGAGCGUUAAUGAAAAUAGUUCACAAGCUUUGAGUUAUAUAGUUGAUGAGGAUUAUAAUGGUCUUAAGACAAUAGCAACUCAUUCCCAAUUCCUUGAAGCAAGAAAUAGAGAUAGGAUUUCAGAAGUCUCAGAGAGUACCCAGACAGAGAACCAAGUGGGAAGUCCAAGCAUCCCCCCACCAAAAAGAAGCAAGACUACUCGUCAGCGUAAUACUUACACUGAUGAGGACAUCAUCAAGUUUUUUAAGCUGAAGGAUAAGAAGUUGCUUAGUGCUAAGGUUGCAGCAAAGCAAUUGAACAUAAGCGCCAGAGUGGCACAAUGUUGGAUAAAGAAGUAUGAUGAAGACCCGGAUAACUUGUUCAACCGUGGCAAGAAGGGUGGGAAAAAAGGACUGACCAAUGAGCACAAGAAGUGCAUUAAAGAAUUUGUUGCCGAAGAUGCAUCUGUCUACAUUAAAGACAUGAUGAACCAUCUCGUCUCAGUGUUUGGCAAGAUCAACAUGUCAAAAGAGACUGUCAGGAGGUUUAUGGCCAACGAAUGCAAUCUCACAUUCAAAAAGGUCUAUAAGCAGCCUGUAGCAAAGAACAGUGAGGAGAAUAUCGAGGCAAGAUAUAACUGGAUUCUUUAG